GACACAACACAGAGAGAGGCAUUGCUCCACUCUAGGUAUUGAUAUAUCUGUCGGAAAUACAUAUUAAGCCACGUUAUGCUCACGUAACAAUGGUGGAAAUUCAGACUGGGCACCGUUCAGCUGGUUUGCGAACUCGAAACAUUCGACCGAGCUAAUAACCAGCGAGAUGAGCCUUCUUAUCUCUAUGAUAAGAAGAUCCUGAAGCUGGGAAAGACAGAAGCAAAAGAAGAAGGGGGCGGCAAAAGAUGAGGUGGCUCGACAGCGUUACUGAUGUAACAAACACGAAUUUGAGCAGAGUUCGGAGGAUGGUGGAAGACAGGAGGGCCUGGAACAACUUUGUCCACGGGGUCGCAAAGAGUCGGACUCGACUGUGGGACUGAACAACAAAUCUCUAUGAUUAGAGCGGAGAACUUUCGCGCAUGCGCAUCUGCUAUCGCCGCUUCUUCCUUUCACAAUACGCAUGCGCCCUUCCUUGCGGAGCUAACGAAAGUUGGGGUGUGCUGCUGUGUGGUUGUGGAGCUGAAUGCCACGCCCAUCCGGGGCAGUCAUGGCGGUGGCGGGAGCCGUGAGGAUGCUGAGGCGGGGGGCGCUUACUCGUGGCCCGGCAGUAGAUUUCCCUCAUUUGUUAGGUUGCAGACAGAAAUCAACAGUGAGUUUCCUUAGCCGCCCUGAUCGUCCUAAACUGGCUUAUCAUAAGCUGAAAGGCAAGAAUCCUGGAGUUGUCUUCCUCUCGGGUCUUUAUUCGAGUAUGAAUGGUCAGAAGGCACUUGCACUCGAAGACUUCUGCAAGUCUAUUGGUCAUGCUUUUGUAAGGUUUGAUUACACUGGUUGUGGAAGUUCAGAAGGCAAUGUCAAAGAAUCUACAGUGGGGAAGUGGCGGAAGGAUGUUCUUUCAGUACUGGAUGAACUCACAGAUGGACCACAGAUUAUAGCUGGUUCCAGUUUGGGUGGAUGGCUGAUGCUUCAUGCAGCAAUUGCCCGUCCAGAAAAGGUGGUUGCUCUGGUUGGAAUAGCUGCAGCUGCAGACCAUCUUGUAGCAACUUUUCAACAACUUCCUGUAGAAGUGAAGAAAGAAAUAGAAGAAAAAGGUGAAUGGAAGUUGCCAACCAAGCACAAUGAACAAGGCUUUUACACUGUACCAUAUGAAGUCAUUAAGGAGGCAGAAAAUCACUGUGUGUUGGGUACUCCUCUUCCCAUAAAGUGUCCUGUGCGACUUCUCCAUGGUAUAAAAGAUGAAGAUGUUCCAUGGCAAAUUUCCUUGAAAAUUGCUGAAUGUGUGGUCAGCACAGAUGUGGAUAUUAUUCUCCGCAAAGCUGGGCAACAUCGAAUGAAAGAACAAGAUGAUAUCAAACUUAUUGUGUACACUGUUGAAGAUUUGAUUGACAAGCUGACCACACUAGCAUGAAUUGCAAUACAAGCAAUAGCAGAAGAGGUUUGCACUUGGUUCUGCAGCUCAGUUUGAGGGAUUGUCAAACUGUCAUCUGGAAGGUCCUUGAACGUUAGGGUUGUUACUUCAUCCCUGUUUCUUUGGUAAAUCUGUAUUUUAAUAUGGCAUUUGCACAAAUGACAGAAAAUGUGAAGAAAAUGCUGCUGUCGGAAUCCUUUCUACCACAACCAAAUCACCUUUUUGCAAUUCCUAUUUCCUACGCUUUUGUACCUGGAUAUAUUUGUGCCAACAAUUUAAACCUUCUUAUACUACGUUGUGACUUUUUUCAUCCUUUUGACACCUUAAAAUAAAUAUGCAUUCUAAUGUUCUUCCACUUGAGCUGUAAAAUGCAACUUAUCUAUUCAAACUCAGAAGAAACUUGCCUGGAAUACUUGCACACUAUUUUUGAUUCAUACAAACACAGCUUAGUGUUGAGGGGUAGUAGAAACAAAUGAAAAAAAAAAAACAUUUUUCAUAUUUAAAAUUAAUUUGAAUUACUCCUGUGCUGCUUACAAAAGAGAGGUUUCUGGAGCAGUUCCUUGUAAUUUUCUAACUCAUCCUGUCAUCACAGUAAAAUCAAAUGCAAGCCAGUUGCCUAAUAUGCAUCUAUGCACUAAAAAAGGAAUAUAUAUAACCAGACAUUUGCUUACCUAAGCCCUAACCACAUUACAUGGAAUCAGGUCCAUUCAGUGAGUUAUUUCUAAGUAAUGUUUAAAUGGCUAGGUAUAAAGGAAGUUAAGCAGAGGGUACAACCAAAUCAUGAACAUGUUUUGCUUGCCUACAGGUGAUAAUUCCAUCAUAUUGCUAUUUUUAAUAAACAUUUGCUGCUUGUUUUCCAGAGAAGUCUUAAAAGUUCUGUAAGUCUGUUCAGUUCAGCCAUCUUGUGAUUGUAAAUAUUUUAUUUGUACAAUGUGAGUCCCCUGUGUUUUCCAGUGGACAAGCAUGAUUUAGGGGGAAAUGUCUUCUGGAAUUGCUGGUCAGUUAAGUGUCACUACUUAAUGUUUACAAUGGUUACUAGAACAUAUUUUUCUGCAUUCAGUCUUGAAGAAACAGUGACAAUAUUGUGUUCUACGGCUGUUUGAUUUUUCCACAUUUUCUUAGGAUGUAGGCUUAUUUGGGUGAGGAGAAAAACACUAAUGCCUGUAUAGAAUGGGAUGUUUUAACCAAAAAUGUUAAGGAAUAUGUUGCUAGUCUACAUUGUGCUAUAAGCUUAAAACCAAAUCCUAUAGCUAAUUAUGCUGUAAGAAUGAUAUUGGUAGAUAAUGAAACUAAAGAUUCAGAGUUGUGUAGUUAUGCUAUACUGUCCUAAAGCCUCUUUUGGAGGAGUACUGUUUUCUUUCCUGGAUAUAUGAAUUUCUUCAGAGAACAAAUUAUUCUUAUCACCAUGUGAAAUGCAAGAUUGUUUGUAUAAAAUUUCAGAAUUACAGGUCUUGUUACUGUGCA